UGCCGCAUGGGCUUGUGCGCUAGACGCUUCUUUUAUACGAUCACACUACCUAUUGAUAACAACGGACGAGAAUCACGCCAUGGAUAACGUCGUAGAAAUUUUCAAAAAUUAAAUUCGAUACGUCAGUGCGCUACGGACGAUGCGACGAUCGAACGAUGAUUGCAGCUUUUCGAAAAUUUGAAUUUUCGACGGAUGAAGAUCGCGACCUUUGAACGCCCGCGAAAGUGCAAACUACGUAAAUUAUUAUCAGUAUCGUUUCGAGAGUGUUCCGGAGUGGACUGUGCUUUGAAUCGAAUUUUGUGUGAUAAUUCUGUUGAAUUAUUUUGAAAACGACGACGACGAACGUCGAGCGUUCCUCGUACAAUAUAUCUUUGAAGAAAGACGAACGGAGGACAUGGUUGCAUUUCCGUUUUCAUCGGUGCAUUUCGAUAAGGAAAAUAUUUUUCGAGACUUUUGAUGAGCUCGACGAUGAUCGCGAGUGGUUUUAAUCCGGGCAAAUAAGGUCAUUUAAAUUUUUGCUUACGUUCAUUUAAAUGCCAAGCUCAUCGCACGCUCUCUCGGAGCGGUCUUUAGGAAUAAUUUGACGAUUGGAAAAAAAAAAAGGAGAAAUAUGCCAAUCGAAAUUCGAACUAAUUAAUUAAUUGUAAACGCGAUCGAUAAUACUCGAUUUAUAAACGGCGGUUACGAAGUCGGUGCCGGAAUACGUGGUAACGUAAGAAUCCCGUUUCAGCAUAAGAACGUAAUUAUCCAUGGGGGACAUUGAGAAUAUAAAUAAUAAAAUGAAUAAAGUAACGUGAGUGUUUAUCAGUUUUAUCAGUUUCAUCAAGAUGCUGGUAUUCCGAUUACUCCUGUUGUUGUCCGUGACAUCUCUGCCGCUUGUUUACUCCGAAGAUCCGACAACGUCCGUUUCAACCGACCUUCCGGUUCUACUCACCGCUGCCCCGCAUCAACAUGACACAGUUGCGGAUGCGUCUACCGAAUCGCAGAGACAAGGGCGAAAGUCGUUGCAGGCGGAGUUGCCCGCAGCAAAGGCCAAAAGGGAACAAGCCCUCCGAAACAUUCUGGCAGCCAAACGUCGACAGGUUCUCGGACAGCGGGCAAGCCUCGUUGCUCCUCGAUCGCGCGGCGAUGUAACCAAGGACAUGACCGACGUUUUGGAAGUCCAGGAGUCCAGACACGGAAUUUACUUCGCCGUGCCGACAGGUGUCAAAGAUGUUUCCGUCGAAGGAGACGUUCCCGAGCCGUUAACGGUUACGCUUGCCAAAACCGCGUCCGAAGAUCGGAUCGGUUCGGUCGAACGAAUCGAGGAUGCGACCUCGAAAAGUCCGGAGCCGAUCAAACGGACCACGGCGAUGAAAGAUCUGGGCUACGACGAAAGGAGCGCUGCAACCGUCGCCACCGAAAUCAGACAGAAAUUGUCACCCGGUGGUAUUUCGAGGAGUGGCUACCCGUCAGCGAGUAGAAAUAGCUCGGUUAAUGUACAGAGGGCUACUGCUCCGAAAAAUACGGCGAUCAACGAUUCCGACGGCCGAAAGAAUAACAACACUGUGAUAAUGUCGGACAGUCUGUACAAACACUUCAGACCGGUGGAGAGCAACGUUCCGAUAGAAGAGAUGACGCAGUUCCUGCACUUCGGUCAAAAGUUGAGCCCCGAAACGCAGAAUACGACCAGCAGUAACUCCCUGGAAGUAACGCCGACGUUGCCGCCGGUUCCGAGCUCGAGAAGACGGUUCUCUAUGAAGCGAUACAGUACAACGACACCGGUUCCAGUUCCAAGGCUGGAGGAGAUCAUAAACGAGGAGAUGAAUAUCGCCGUGGAGAGGCAAACCGUGGAGAGGAAUAAAAUACCGAAGAUAAAGAACCUCUUCAGAAGUCCGAGUGCCAGCAGUCUUUACUACAGGAAAUCGCCGGUGAGACCGGCGGAUCCCACGAUAGUUUCGAACGUAAUCAGCCAGCCGACUACGAAGAAUAUUUCGGAAGGCGACGUCACAUCGAAGAGGGAAAACGAUUCUAGAUACGAAGAACUGCAUCAGCCGUUGAACCCGUCGUCCUCUCACGCCUCACGGCGACACCAGGUGCAGCGCGGCGUCGCGCCGAUCGAGGAGAACGAGGACCAAGGGAAAGGAAGUGCGACGUCCCACGACUCGGUCGCAUCUGGGUAUGCCGACGUUGGUGCGACCCAGUUAUCGAACGAAACGAAUAAUCGCGGUUCCCAACUACCGAGAAAUACCAACGAAACGAGGUCGACGGACGCGACUGAAACAAAGCCAGUAUCCAGCGAAGAGACCAGAGGAUCGAUAAAUGGCCACUCUUCGGGCUAUCCGAUGUCUUCCUCGAACGUGACGACGCAGGACGCGAGGGCGAACAAUUUGGACGACCGGGUACCGGUGUCCUCUACGGAUUCUCCGGGGCGAGAAACCAGCACCACACUUAGGAUAGUGGUCGCUGAAACUCCUGCGAAAGAUGAAGAGGAUCCUGCAAACCCGUCGUCGUAUCCAGGUGGUUCCCCACCUGUCGUCGUUCUACCGGCGCAACAACACGUGUAUACGUACACGAUAACCAACGUGACGCGACUGUUGCGCAACUACUCCGGACCUGGGGUAAGCAGCAAGGAGGAAGGCGAGCAGAAACGGCAGCAGUACCCGGGCCCCGCACCGGCCGGGACCGCUGAGAUAAGCGACGACUCGUCGAGCGGUAUAGUGGCGACGCGGUCUCGGUCCGAUCUCAGUGCCGGCCCAGCGGCUGAAGGAGUUACAACAUUGGAGGGGAAACAGGUAAACCGUAGCAGUGGGGAUUACGAUCCCAGGUCAGACGCAGACGCAGCAUCCCGCGCCGCAACCUCGACACGACGAACGCCACUCGAAGUAAACAAGACCGCGACAAAAGUCGCGGACUCGGAAGUCGGUGGUAGCGUACCUGCCGACGCUGUAUUUCGCACUGUCGGGACCCACGACUCAUCGGCAAAUUUUACCUAUCGAACAAAUCUGCGGGAAGAUCUUCGGGACGCCGAUCAGCGUAUGUUGCAAAAAUCAGCCAGUGCCGUUUUGAACCAGAGACCCGGUGACGAACUGCUUAUCGGCGAUCGUACGGCGGGGAAAGGAAGUCGUCGCAGGGAUCAGCCCAGAGGUCAUCCCUUCGGGGCGGACGAUCGAGCGCCAAAAGAUCACAGGAAGACGAUACAAGUGGGAAGUAAGGUGGGAGAUGACUCAACUCUGAGACAAUUCGCUUCGAGAGGAGAGCGUAACGAAGCGAGUGAGGUUCCAUCGAGUACAUGGAAAUCGUCCGAUGAGUCAGUGCAGUCUACUCGGCCCACGGAUAAUGUCAGUAAAAAUCGUAACACCUCGCGGAACACCGGUGAUCGUCAGGUUCUGAAUAGGAAGCGUAAUUUCGAGGAGAGUUCCGAAAAAGAAACUCUCGAUGUUCUAGCCGAUCGGUCGUUGAGAAAGUAUUCCGACAUGACGAAUCAUCACUCGAUUCCCGAUACGCAGAUACGGGGCACUACGAUGACACCUUUGGAAAUAACGACGAUCGAAGAGAACAAUCGGAAAUCGGAUGCGUCGAAGAUCGCGGAUGGGAAAAACGGACCCGACGAUUUUAGGGAGGGCCACUUGCGGAGGAACAAAGUCGAAACGAGCGUCGGUCGUUUAAAUGCCAGUGACAACGGUGCUAGUGCGGGAACCGGUGAUACGGAUCGAAAGAUCGUCGGUGCUGAUCCGCCGAUAGACAAAAGUGGGAUCGCGGAGCGAAAAUUCGAAUCAGCUACGAGUUCAACCAAAGAAACCGUAACGUCAGACGGUACGACGGCACCGUCGCUCUUUCCGGUCACACCGAGAAUCUUAUCUAGUGUAGAAAUAUUAGCGGACAAAGAAGCCAACGCUGUGACCGUCGAAGAGUCCGUCACGGACGUUCCGACGAUCAGAGCGACGAAUAAUAUUACGGAAGCGGAGAGACCCUUCGGGAUAGCCGAAGACCUCAGUCCAUCGGAGAUUCAGCAAAUGUACAGGCCGUCGAACACCGCGAGGCCCGAUUUAACGACCACCUUGAAUCCGGAGUUACAAGUGCCACCUCAACAAUCCCAAGGUGAAGGCAAAGGCGAGGAGGAGGAGGGGGAGGAGGAGGGGGCGCCGCGAGUUCCAGAUGAGAGAUUUAACGGCACGCGACAGUUAGACGAAAAUUGGAACGGUCAACGACCGGUGAGUGUCGAAAGAUCACCGGAAGUCAGGGGGAGAAAUUUGUCCGACAAGACGCGAGAUAAGGACGACAUACUACCCAUAAUGCACCUGUACAAUACCACGUCGAUUUUCAACGAAACCAGUUCUCCUCUGGCGACUAGCCCGUCCUCCCACGGUGCUGAAACUCGGCACUCGGUGCUUCCGGUUGACGAGAAAAACCUUCGAACUAACGAAGAUGCUCUGGAUUCGGUUACAACGGCUCUGCCAACGGUCGGGUCGCUCGUACCCGAUCCCUCGAAGAACGUCGAAAAAAAUAAAAUCUUCGAACCACCUUCGCUACCCGACUACCCCGCCGUCCAACGACUUCCUGAUUCCGCGUUAACGAAACCCGCGGACAAUUCGACGCGACACAAGGAAGAUCACGGAUCCCGCGAACCGGCGGAACCUUCGUAUUCCAAUAAAGGAAACAACUUUACGAGCGGCGCCAAUACGAGCAGACCGCGACACAAGCACAACCACCAAAGUUCGACGGCCAAGUUCAACACUUCCGUGUUCGAACCGGCGUUAAACAGGACGUAUUUCGAGCCGGGUUCGUCCUCGCCGAGCGUCAAAGAUACGGUGAAUAUCAGUGAAGUGAUUAAAAGGUACGAGGGCGACGCUAUAGCCAGUCAGGAGACGGUCGCUGUCGUCAGUUACAUACUGGCGACCCUCGUCGUUUUUCCGAUCGCCCUUGGAGUCGGGCUCAUCCUGAGGAGACUGAUUAUAAAGAAUCGUAAGAUGUUAGAGGAGUCCGACACCUCGUCGGAGAUAAGCUGUAGAAAAGAUGCGCUGAAUCUCGAGAACGGGGACUUCAAAACGUCCAUUGAAAAAGCUAUAACGAAACUGCCUCGCAUACAACAUUUGUGUCACGAGGCGGAGAAAUCACCGUUACCUCCGGCCCAGGAAUCGAGGUGGGAAUUUCCGAGAGACAAACUUCGAUUGCAGACGGUCCUCGGUCAAGGGAAUUUCGGCCAGGUCUGGAAAGCCGAGGCCGACGACCUCACGGGUCACCAGGGCACGACGCGACUCGUAGCGGUAAAGACCGUAAAGGAAGGAGCGUCGUCGAGGGAGAAAGAAGACUUGGUCCGGGAACUUGAAAUCAUGCAACAGUUGGGAAACCAUCCGAACGUCGUAACUUUAUUGGGCUGUUGCACGGAGGAAGAACCGCAUUACCUGAUACUGGAGUACGUAAUGUACGGGAAACUUCUAGCGUACCUUCGGGAUCAUCGUACCAGACAAGACUUUUACAAUUUUAGCGAAGAUUCGGCGGCUCUGACGUCGAGGGAUCUCACGGUGUUCGGAUACUGCGUAGCACGAGGCAUGGAAUAUCUCGCUUCGAAAAAGAUUAUCCACCGAGAUUUGGCAGCGAGAAAUGUGCUGGUGGACCACAAUAAAUUAUGCAAGAUAGCGGACUUUGGAAUGUCCAGGUUCGCGAACGAGGACGGUGAAGUUAUCGAAACGAGGCACGGCAGAAACGCUCUACCUAUACGAUGGAUGGCACCGGAAUCCUUAAUCUACUCGCUUUUUACAACGAAAACUGACGUAUGGAGUUUCGGAAUCCUAAUGUGGGAAAUCGUCACGUUAGGUUCUACGCCGUAUCCUGAUAUGACGGCGAGAGAAGUAAUGCGAAAUGUUCAGAGCGGUUAUCGUUUGGAGAGGCCUUCGCACUGCCGGAGCGAACUUUUCAGGGUGAUAUCCAGGUGCUGGCAAGCUGAUCCCGACAGAAGACCGGAGUUUCAAGUACUCAGAAGAGAUUUGGCUCAGUUACUCGAGGACAAUAUGAACGGACAUUACGUUGACUUGGAAAGUUUUGCUUCCGAAUGCACAGAUUGAAGCGGGUAAUUUUUUCCCUCCCCACCCUCAAGACGUGAAUUUGUUUGUACAGCGAUCUCACAUAUCGUGAUCGCUUCAUCCCGCUCGGUUCCUCAAUUUCUUUUGCGCUGGCGUCGUUGAAACCGACUCCUCGGUUGUUCGAGCGCCUAGAGUAAGGAAAUUCGCUUCGUGGCUUGUGAGACUAUAACAUGAAUAUAUAGUGUACAUCGUUCACCUUCCGUCUGAUAAUUUCUUUCGUUUUUUUUCUCUUCCAAAAUUAUGUUGGAAACGGGAUACUGCGAGUGAAAAUUUGUCGGACAAGUGUGCGUAGUGAGUACUUUUUGUUUUUGAAAUUAUGAGAUGAACGUUGAAAUUUGGAUUUAUGGAGAUGAUGAAAAAAAAAAGGAAAAGAUAUAAUUAUAAUUAGUGAGGUGGGAUUAUCCCGAUGCUUUUACGAUGUUAAUAAAACUUCGGUAUUCGAUAUCCGCCUGUGGAUGAUCGCUUGAUGGUAUCAUUUGGUUUUCCCACGUACGUUUGUCGGGUAACAGUGCUCAUUUAUUCAAAUAUCUGCAAGCAUUCGGAUACGCUUCGCCGACUUUUCUACCUCGGUGUUUCGCAACGCCGUUGUUCCGCGAGCAGAAACUGCAGCUACGCGAUUUGAUCUUCGAGUGUUCUAUUUCAAAACUUGCCAUUAUUACUUCGCUUGUCCGAAUCGCUAUUUGCUCACACUUAAGAAGAAUGCGAUGAACGUAUGAAAAAGUGAUUAAAAUCGAACGGCGAUCUGUUUACGGUUUUUAUUUAUUCUUUUUUUUUUCUCAGUAAGGUGUCGAAAAUUUUGCUAAAGGGCUUGACAAAAAUAUGAGUAUUCUUUUUAGUAUUAUUAUAAAGUAUAUUAAAGGUAGCCUCGGCGAUUAACUCGCCAUAAUUAUAUGGAAUUAUUGAUGUAAGCUCUUCCAUGAUUGUUCUUAUUUUUUAACAACAAUUGGAAACUGGUGCCAGUGAAGCUCUAUGAAUAAUAUUUGAUUUUUUAUUUAUUUCUCGCUGCGGUCAUCUGCUGGCAUCAAUUAUACAUGACGACGAUUAUUUUUACGAUGAUUUAGAUAAAAAAAAAAAAAACUUAAAAUAAAAGAGAAAUGGUGAGAAAUGAAAUAAUGUAAAUAUAUAUGAUCGCCAAUCAAAAAAGACAAAAAUAUAAAGUUUUCAGAUGAUUUUCAUCUUAGACGUUAGGAUUAUAGAAAAUAGGUUUAUAUUUUACGUUUAUUCUUAAUCAUUCUAGUCUUUCGACACGUCUGGGGCGGUAAUUGACUGUGCCCUGUUAGUAUGGUAUUUUAUUAAUAAUUAAAAAAUGAAAAAGUAAAAUCCGGAGUCACGAUCCGGAUAUGACUAUUUAUGAUAACAAUUUAAUACAGAAAAAUUACUCAGAUGUGAUAUUUUAUUUGUUUAACUCUCAAGUGUCUAAUAAAUUAACACGUGUAGCGAUAUUGUAUUACGCCAGUCAAGGCUCCGCCUCUGUCAGUUGAUAUUUUAUUAAGUUUUUUUUCUUUUGACUCCCAGUGUGUUUUUCCAAUUAUAUUUUUACAAACAAAAUAUCGAUAUCGUCGAUGUAUUGAACUAGUAGAAAAGAAAGAAAACAAACAAACAAAAAUAUAUAUAAACAUAUGUAUACCAUAAUGCGAAAUUACAUACUUCUACGUCUAAAAUAAUCAAGCACUAUUAUAUCUAUAAAGAUUUACGAAUCGCAAGCAUAUUCAAAACAAAAUGAAGAAAAGAAUAAAAAAUAAAAAAUACUUUA